UAGGCAAUAACCGUGUUAGGUGCCGUAGGUCACGCAAUCUCUGAAUUGUUUUUACUUUUGUUUGUGAAUAUAUUCCUUAUAAUUUUUAAUAGUUGAAAUAGGACGAAGUUUCACAGUGCGUCCGUGUGCCGGCGAUACGGCCGUGGCGGACGGAGAGGGUUCUGUGGUGGCGGGGGGCGUCGGCCUCGCCGUGAGUAGUAAGGUGUACCCUAGCCCGGGGGCGGCGCGCGGCGUGUGGGCGCUGCCGCAGCCGCCCCCCUGCACGAUGGCAGCAGAGGAAGCUCUGCCGCCUUGCUCUCCCAUGUCGCCAGAUGCUCCAGCCGCGCCACCUCGUACAAUUACUAGCUACAAUCAUCACUCCGAUCUUCAUCAACUUAUUUUUGAAGCCGUCCGUUCCGGAGAAGUAUCAGAAAUUGAACGCCUAGUAGAAAAACUUGGCGUGGAAGUGCUGAGUGCUCGAGAUCAGCAUGGCUACACUCCUGCACACUGGGCUGCACUGGACGGCAGCGUCGCGGUCAUGCGCUAUCUCGUCGAACGAGGAGCACCCAUCGAUCUUUCUUGCUUGGGCACUCAGGGUCCCCGUCCAAUCCACUGGGCCUGUCGCAAGGGCCACGCGUCGGUAGUACAAGUUCUGUUACAGUCUGGAGUUGCUGUCAACGCUGCCGACUUCAAAGGCUUGACCCCGCUGAUGACGGCCUGUAUGUACGGCAAGACUGCAACGGCUGCGUAUUUACUUGGCAUGGGAGCGGCGACCAGGCUGUCUGAUAUUAACGGCGACACUGCCCUCCACUGGGCUGCAUACAAGGGUCAUGCUGACCUAGUACGCUUGUUAAUUUAUUCAGGCGUACCUUUACAUUGCACUGAUAAUUUUGGAUCGACACCACUUCAUCUGGCGUGUUUGUCGGGCAAUUUGACUUGCGUAAGACUAUUAUGUGAAAAGGUCAAAGCAGAAUUGGAACCUCGCGACAAAAAUGGAAAAACACCAUUGAUGCUAGCACAGAGCCACCGACACUUAGAAGUUGUAAAACUGUUACAAAAGGAGAUGAAACGCAAGUCACACUGGAUGCCUCCGCUUUCUGAAUUGUGGGCGCUGUUAUUUGGAGGUGCUGGAGACUCAAAGGGUCCUCUACUGUUCUUUUUGAUAUCGGUAUUACUUUGGGGAUAUCCUAUGUAUGUAAUUAGAUGCAUACCAUUGACAUGGAACACACUACGUCUGUCCCAUUACUGUUUCCUUUAUUGGAAUGCGAUUAUGUGGCUCAGCUGGGUGAUCGCGAAUAGAAGAGACCCGGGCUACAUACCUCAAAACUCUGAGACGUAUUAUAGAGCCAUACGUCAAAUUCCGUAUUACGACAAGUGGAAAAAAAGAAACGUGAUUUUAUCACGUUUGUGUCAUACUUGCCGAUGUCUGCGUCCUUUGAGGUAAUUUUGUUAUUUAUCCUCAUUCAGUCAUUUUAGGGAGGUAAUUAAGUAGGUACCUAAGCACUGUAACCAGA